AUAAAAUAAGAAAAAAAUAUUCGAUAUUGAUUGCUUACACACACAUUGUCGUCUAGAUUGUGAUCGUCCUUCCUUCUCCGGUCAUUUUUUUAAAAGACAAUCGAUUUUCUCUUCUCUUCCAUUCCUCUUUUUUUUUUCCCUUGUCCCUUAAAAAUCCAGCCUUCAUAACGUCAAAGCUCAGAAUCCUCUCUCUCUUGCCUCUCCGUCUCUCUCUCUCCAUUUCUCAAUUUCUCCGGAGAAUCAUCAUGGUGAAUGCCACCAAAGGGUCACCGAAAAAAUCGAAUCUUGAUCGAUUCCUUCAUUGCACAACACCCUUAGUCCCUCCCCAAUCUCUCCCAAAGGCGGAGAUUAGAUCACUAAACCGAUUGUGGCAUCCAUGGGAGAGAGAAAAGGUCGAGUUUUUCAGGCUGAGUGAUCUCUGGGAUUGCUACGAUGAAUGGAGCGCUUAUGGAGCUAGUGUCCCUAUUCAUCUCACCAACGGCGAAUCUCUCGUUCAGUACUACGUCCCUUAUCUCUCCGCCAUCCAGAUUUUCACUUCCUCUCAUUCCUCCUCCUUGAUCAGGGAAGAGUCUGAAGAUGGGGAUAGGUAUCCCUUUAGUGAUUCAGGUAGCGAUGAGAGUGUCUCCGAGGAAGGGCUUGAGGUCGCCUUGCAUUUGAAUGAUCGUUUGGGUUACCUUUAUCUCCAGUACUUUGACAGAUCACCUCCUUAUACCAGAGUUCCUCUCAUGGAUAAGAUCAAUGAGUUAGCUCAAAGGUAUCCGGGAUUGAUGUCGUUGAGAAGCGUUGAUCUUUCUCCAGCGAGCUGGAUGUCUGUUGCUUGGUACCCUAUUUAUCAUAUACCAAUGGGGAGAACCAUUAAAGACUUGUCCACUUGUUUCCUCACUUACCACACUCUUUCUUCUUCUUUUCAAGAUAUGGAGCCGGAAGAGAAUGGAGGGGAGAAAAAGAGGAUGAGGAAGGAAGGGGAAGACAUUAGUCUGGUCCCAUUUGGGAUGGCUACUUACAAGAUGCAAGGCGAUGUUUGGCUUUCCCAUGACCAUGAUGACCAAGAGAGACUGGCUUCGCUUUACAGCGUUGCGGAUUCUUGGCUGAAACAACUUAGGGUCCAACAUCAUGACUUCAACUACUUCUGCACCAUGUCAAUGACUCCUCGUGGUGGCUAAAACCAUGUUUGUUUUCUCUCUUAAAGUCCCAUCCUUUCCUUUUGUUUAUGGAACCGCUGGCGUUUUCUAAAAAAAAAAAAAAAGAGUGAUCUGGCUUUUGUAGCGUUUUGGGUUAGGAUAUAGCGUUUUAAGAAGAUACCUAACCUUUUGAGAAAGAAAAAAAGUAUAUGUCAGUAUAUAGAGAGUUUGUUGUCUUGUUGAAACAGAGUAAUCGUUGUUACUUGCGUCUUUGAAACAGAGUAAAUGCUUUCUUGUAAGUUUA